AUGAAUGUGCUAGCACAUUGCAGGGUGUAUCCGCUCUCUACAUUCUACAAACCCUCUGCCGUUGAAAUCGACUGGCUGGGUAAGAAUUCAUUUGGAAACGUGGUGCUGGACUGCGAGCAGAGUCCCUCAGCUCAAAAAAUCGGCUCCAUAGGCUUUUUGCACGUAAUUGAGCACAGUUUCCGUGUUUCUGCGUUCAAACAGAGUCUGCUGUCGAGACUCGUGGAAAAGUCUCCGAAUCAAAGCUUCGUUCUGGUGAUGGAUCUGAUAUCCUGCUGGAACGGAACUUUGCCAGAGCUGCAGCAGGAUGAGAAGGCCGUAGCGUAUCUCAAUUCGCCCUCGCUCCUCAACUUCGAUUCUCUGAUCAAUUUUCUCGUGCAACUGAACGAAAGCCCCCAGGAUGCGUUAUCGCGGUGUCAAACGCCAGUUUCGCUGCAGUAUCAACUGGCUGGAAUCUUCAUCGAUAAUAUUUCUUACUACACGCACGAUCACGCGUCCUACGAUCUCCUACUAAAGGUUUUGCGAAUGCUACGGGCCACAUACGGGUGCUUUAUCGUGACCGUUGGGUACGGUCUGGAGUUCUACAACGGGGUCGAAAGAGCAUUGGUGGAACCGUCUCAUUUGACGUACGAAAUUCCAACUCGUCUGCCAAUAUUAUAUGUGAAAAACAUGGAUUGCAUUCUUUCAAGAGACACCGAAACUGACGCCAGAGUCGUUGAUACGAAGUAA